AUGCUAACCCCCACAUUUCUAUCCACUUUCUGUGUUUUUGCAGCUGGGACAACGUACAUCUUCGGGAGAGGCGGAGCCCUCAUCACAUACACCUGGCCACCCAAUGACCGGCCGAGCACACGGGCAGACCGGCUGGCAGUGGGCUUUAGCACGCAGCUGAAGGAGGCCGUUCUGGUCAGGGUGGAGAGUGCCAAGGGACUGGGAGAUUACCUGGAGCUGCACAUAGAGCGGGGAAAGAUCGGCGUGAUCUUCAACGUGGGAACGGACGACAUAAUCAUCGAGGAGAGCGCAGUCAUGGUGAGCGACGGCAAGUACCACGUGGUGCGAUUCACACGGAGCGGCGGCAACGCCACGCUACAGGUGGACAACCAGCCGGUCAUCGAACGUUUCCCAUCAGGGAACUUUGAUAAUGAGCGCCUGGCUAUUGCUAGACAAAGAAUCCCAUACCGACUUGGUCGGGUAGUUGACGAGUGGCUACUCGACAAAGGUCGCCAGUUGACCAUCUUCAACAGCCAGGCGUUCAUCAAAAUUGGUGGCGGUGGAGAUAAGGGGCGCCACUUCCAGGGCCAGAUAUCGGGCCUGUACUACAACGGCCUGCAGGUGCUCAAACUGGCGGCCGAGGGCGACCCCAACGUCCAGACCCAGGGUAACCUGCGGCUGGUGGGCGACGUGCCCUCGGUCCUCACUACCGACACCACCUCCACCACCCCGCUGGCCGACAUGUCCACCACGAUCAUGGAGACAACCACCACCAUGGCCACGACCACCACCCGCAAACAGCGCUCGCCCACCAUGAGGGACAGUGUCACGCAGAAUGCAGAUGACCUCUUGGUAGCAUCAGCUGAAUGUCCUAGUGAUGACGAAGAUUUGGAGGAGUGUGAGCCUGGAAAUGGAGGCGAAUUAGUGUUGCCCAUAAUAACCGUGGACUCCCUAGACCCCCCGUCCAUCGCCACCCGCUACCCGGUAAUCCCCUCGCCCCCCACCUCCUACCGCCCUUUCCUCACCUUGCUCGAAACCACCAAAGAGUCCCUCCCCUUGCCCGACGGCCGGCCCCCCUGCCCCCCGGACCAGGAGGACUGCGAGGAGACUGUCGAGGUGUCCGCGUACGGCUCGGGGGAGAUGACUGAAUCGGACGACGAGGACUAUUACAAAAACUCCCCCCUGGUCACCGACAGGACCGUCCUCCCCCCUCCCCCGGCCGUCGAGGGCAGCGUCCAGAACCCCCGAGACCGCCAUUUCUCCCGCUCCCCCGACUCCCGCCGCCCUUCCCUCUCCUCCACCCCCACGGCCGACCCCGACCGGCUCGGCCCGCGCGUCGAGCCGGCCGCCGGCGACGGCGACAAGAUCCCCGCCGGGAAAAUGAACACCCGGGACCGGGUGCUGCUGCCGCCGGCCCACCCCUCGUCGGACCCGGGCCGCCGCAGAGUCCCGGGAAUAACCUAUCCCCCCAAUUUCCCCCAUGUUCCCACUCCAGACCCCACGUCUCCCGAGAGAGGACUCCCCGGCGCCGUGGAGGUGCAGCAGUCCAGCAGCACCACGGGCAUGGUGGUGGGCAUCGUGGCAGCCGCCGCCCUCUGCAUCCUCAUCCUGCUCUACGCCAUGUACAAGUACCGCAACCGCGACGAGGGCUCCUACCAGGUGGACCAGAGCCGCAACUACAUCAGCAACUCGGCCACGCAGAGCAACGGCGCCCUGGUGAAGGAGAAACAGCCCGGCGCCGCCAAGACGGUCACCAAGAACAAGAAGAACAAAGACAAAGAGUACUACGUCUGAGGGACGGCAGAUGCGCUCGGAGAAGGAAAGAGACGAGAGAGAAAGAGGGAGAGAGAAAAGGCGGCGCGUGGCAAACGCAAACAGAGGGUCGCUCCUUUAAAACUCAGUAUUGUCGGGUGGCCGCACGCGAAGCGGCGAAAUAAAAAAAAGGCGAGCCGACG